AUAAGAGGAUGUAACAUUUAAUAAUGAGGCAGACUUGUUUAAAUGAUUUCCCGCUGCUGAUUCUCAGUUCUUGCGCAUUUACCUCAAUACCCCUCUAGUGUUUACUUAGACCUAUGUGUCUCUUUCUUCCGUUGAGACUGAAAAAUAAAUACAAUGUAACACAAUUACACUGAUAAAACAUGAAAUGUCUUACUUACGCCUGUGCGUAAGGUUGUACGUACCAUCAAAACACAAUUAUCUUUGAUGACCUUAUUCUUGAAUUCUAUACUGUUUCAUUUUAAGGUGAUACUUUGUUGUUGUUAAACUCAAUAGUUUAUUUGUUACACUUACUAACACAAGGCCUUGGCCAGUUGAAACAUUAGCCGCUACUUUGAACAUGACCCUGAUAACCAAAUGCCCACUGGGCCAAAUGCUACGUUGUAAAAGCACCAAAUGAUGAUGACUAAGACCUUUCUAAAAGCAGACACAAGAUAAACUGGUUGUCUCCUUCCUCCAAUUCAGGUCCCAUGUUAUCUGUGCACGGUAAAGCUGAUGUAGUUAAUGUUAUUGUCAGGUUGGGCUUGGCCAAUUAUCCGGCUGAAAUGUCCUUUUUAUUAUUCAAACGCUAUUGUGGAAAAAAAAUAGCGAACGCGUAAAAUACGCACAUGUUUUUCCACAACAGAGUUAGAGUGUAAAAAACACAGAACAUAUGGGAAAAUUAACAUCACAGUUUUGAAUUAAACUUCGAUUAAAGUUCCUCCCCUUUAGUUUAACAAACAACAUCACAUAACAGUUUCAUGUUCUUCCUCAGACUUCCUUGCAUGUUAAGGAAUUCUUUCUUAAGCAGACAUGGCGAUGAACCACCAAUGUCAAGCUUUAGGACACAGCAGUCAUGGCUUUUACACUCCUACACACACUCCUUCUCUUUUCUUCACACACACACACACACAUGCACACAGUCACGCACACACACACAAACACACACCCUGAAAAUCUGUCAAUUUCUGCCGCGUGGUCACGUGACCUCCUCCUCAGUGGAGUGGAUGGAGAUGGCUCUCCACGUCAGCUUACGUCUCCAAAUUUCUGCUUAGCGAACCUGCUUCAAAGAGGCAGGAGGCACGGCGCUUCAGAGCCAUGUUCAGGGCGGUUAUAGAGGAAUCAAAGCCCAACAUAGAAUUAUAGUGGAGGGUGAACUACGAUGAUGGAUUUUGACGAAAGGGUCCCCGUCGGAUCAAACAUGUAUUUGCCCAGUUGCACUUAUUACGUGUCGGCGGGGGCUGAUUUCUCCGGUCUCCCCUCUUUUUUAUCCCAGACCCCGUCCACCCGCCCCAUGACAUACUCCUACUCCUCCAAUUUACCGCAGGUCCAGCCCGUCAGAGAGGUGACGUUCAGGGACUAUGCAGCCAUUGACGCGUCCGGUAAAUGGCCGCACCGAGGAAACUUACCCCAUGGCUACCCGAGCGCGGAGGACAUGGUGCACCGGGACUGUUUGUCGGCGCAGACUGCCGUUGUAGGGGACAUGUUCGGUAAAAACAGCCCCGCAGCAGCCGCCGCGGCGUACCAUCACCACCAUCACCACCACCACACGGGAGCCGGGUCCGCUGCCUCCAAUUUCUACGGGAACGUGGGCAGAAACGGCGUGCUGCCACAAGCCUUCGACCAGUUUUACGAGACGGCGUAUGGGAACACGUCGGAAAGCUCAUCCACAAACGGCUUCUCGGGGGACAAAACCCCGACCAAGCAGCCCAGCUCUGCGCCGGAGGACGCACCUUCAUGCAGGGACUCGGAGGCGAAGGAGCCGCGGGAGGAGACGAGCAGCCCAGAGUUAUCUUCCGGCAACAAUGAGGAGAAAUCCAGCAGCAGCAGUGGACAGAGGACACGCAAGAAAAGGUGCCCUUAUUCCAAAUACCAGAUCCGAGAACUUGAACGAGAAUUCUUCUUCAGUGUGUACAUUAACAAGGAAAAACGCAUGCAACUGUCUCGGAUGCUCAACCUCACCGAUCGACAAGUGAAGAUCUGGUUUCAGAACCGUCGCAUGAAGGAGAAGAAACUGAACAGAGAUCGAUUACAAUAUUACACGUCUAACCCUCUGCUUUAGGGGACAGAACAGAACAGCACCGCGCCCUGCUGUGGGACUCUGUUGCGUUUACAGACACACUGACUGACUCUCCGGCUGCGACUCUCCGGCUGUACAUUCUGUACCACAAUGGCUGAGACAGCAGCAACAACAACGUCGCUGCUCAGUGGUUAAUUUCAAGUUCGAGGACAACAGCACCCUGUGAUCUGAAAAAACCUCAAGCGUGAGCAUGUAUUAAGACAGUCUGUGGACUUUGAGUUCUCUCUUCAGGCUCUGUAAGGCGAAAUGUCACGGAUUUCUGUUUUCGCCAGGACUGCGAAGGCCCAUGUUAAUAUUAUUGUCACUCACAAACGCCUUGUUUCUUUUCCUUUCACGCGGCAGAAAUUAGCAGUCACUUAAAUGACUAAGCCAGUGUAUUUUGUAAUCAAAAGACUUAUUUUACGUAUUCUGUUUUGAAAUCAGAAAAGGGGUGCGUUUAUGAUGAUGGCGGCUUUGAUUUCAUAUUGGUGUGACCAAAUAAUGAGUCCGAACGGGUGAGAAUGUAACGUGUUUCUGUUUGUUGUGUGCUUAUUUAUUCUGUAGCCACUCGUUUACUAUCUCCUUUAAAGCCACGGCGAACCAGGCAAAGUCCAUUAUUACAGGCAGGCUUGUUGUGAUUCCGUGUUCAGCCUGGGGUGACCUCAAAGCGAGCUUUUGUUGUCCCUCCUACAGCCUGCAGAAUGAGAGCUAUGCGUAUUUAUAUUUAGCGUAUCUCUUGAACUUAAAUCCAUGCUGUCUUUUUGAUUCUUUGGAGACUAUCAGUCCAGUAUUGAUAAUGCAGGCCACACCAGAGAGAUAAGCUUGUCUACUGGAGCAGUGUGGAGUUGCACUGAAGUUCACGCCCAACAGAUUCACACAGGUAGACAUGCAGCGGGCCUCUUUGGUCUCACAUUGAUACGCAUAAACAGAAUAUUUUUCUCACGACUGGCGAGCCUUUGGUACUUGCUGAGUAAAGAAGGUCACGUUUUCAAGUGUGCUGGCCAGGGUCAUCGCAUUGAAUCAAUUGCUUGAUAUGCCCAAACUAUUGUUGUGUAUUAUACUAUAUUUCCAAAUAAAAAACGAAUGAAAAAAAAUACUGAAAAAA